ACCCGGAAGCACUCGUGGCCGCUGUUUCCGCGCGGGGCAAAAUGGCGGCGGCGCGGCGCGUGCGUCGUUGAGGAUUCGGGACGCGGGUCCGCGGGCAGCAUGGUCUUCCUCACGGCGCAGCUCUGGCUGCGGAAUCGCGUCACCGACCGCUACUGGCGGAUCCAGGAGGUGCUGAAGCACGCCAAGCACUUCCGGGGGAGGAAAAAUCGCUGCUACCGCUUGGCGGUCAGAGCCGUGACUCGCGCCUUUGUGAAAUGCACCAAAGCGCGAUUCCUGAAGAAGAGGAUCCUGAGGACCGUAAGCUGGACCCGCCCGAGCGCUCGCGGCCCCGCGGCCCCGCGUCCCCGCGGCGACGCGGCCCCGGCCCGAGACCCAGCGGCGGUGCAGCCGCUCGGCCGCCCUCGGCUCCUUCGCUUCCUC